AUGAGAGUUUUUCUGUGUUUAAUUAUUAGUCUAACCAUUUUCAAGGUUGGUGUUUCGCAAGUUAUUGCACCCCGAAUAAAUACGGAUGUAAUGGCUGCUAUUGAAAUGAAUCUGAGAAAUGGUAGUGUAUCACAAAUUAUUUCACCCAGAACCAACACUGAUGAUGUAUUGGAAAAUAUUGUAAAGGAUUUGAAGGAUGAAGAAGUUGAUAUUCAAUACCAACAAUUCCAAUCUAGAAAUGAUGCUAUUGAUUUAGAUUUAUUUGCAACUGAUUUUGAAUUAUUAACUUUAAAAGAAAAGGAAGCACUUGAAAGAAUUAGAAGAUAUGAAGAAGAUGAUUAUCAAGAUUUGGAAUCAUCAUUGAUUGGUAAUUCAACUGUAACUGCUCAAAAGGCUUAUGAUUAUACUGUGGUGAAAGAUUUAGAUGAUAAUAGUGGAUUUGGAGAUGUUUCAAAUUAUACAUUAUCCAAACGAGAUAAGUUUAAUGACAAAAUGUUGAGACAUAUACUUGAAAUCAAUCCUCGAUUUCUUGUUUAUUUUGCUGAUACUAAAACUCAUUUAGGUCCCGAUAAUAAAAUAAUGUAUGGAACCAAGGAAGAAACUAUAGCAAAGAUGGAUAGAGGUGAAGAUCUUGUGUUUGUUGAAAUUAAUUUGAAUGAAACCAAUCAAUUUUAUGAUCGUAGACUUCCAGCAACUAGUUGUUUAUUAUUCCCAACUGGUAGAGGAUCAGGAUCAGUUUCAUUUGAUUAUAGUAAUGAUAUCACCAUGAAUGGAUAUUUUAAACCCAAAAUUGAGUAUCCUAUUUUUGAUUUUAAAUAUCUUUAUAAUAUCACAUCAUAUAAACUUGCAGUUAGUUAUACUAUGGGAUUUUCAGCAUCAAGAUCAGUUUCAAUUUCGGGUGCUCAUAGUUGUGAUACUGAUGAUGGUGAUGGUGUACGUUUAUUUUAUGAACCAAGUGUUGUGGAAGUAAAAGCAAGAACAAGAAAUAUUAUAUUUACCGCUAUUAAAAAUCUUAUCCAUCGUGAGGAAUGGCAAGAAUUGAAAAACUUUCGUUAUAUGGCUGAUUCACAACCGACUUUUUAUUGUGCUACAUCAGAUAAAGUUGAUUUAAACUGUAGUACCACUAUUGGUGAAAAAAUAUAUGUGAAUAAUUCAAAUGUUGUAUAUGAACAAUAUCUGCAUACUAAUUCACAUGAAUUUACAUUUAAUGAUGAAUAG